AUGGCGGAUGCAGGAGACGACUUAAACUUGUUCGGCGAUGAUCUUGAGGCAAUUUUAGACCUUCUUGACGAAGAUGAACCACUACAGGAACAAUUUUCAACUGUUGCUAGUGAAGUAAGUGCCAAUUAUAUAAACAUUCACCCGUACUUAGUCUGUUUCCAAAGGAAUUACGGAGCUGCACGCGACUGUGCUGUCACGCCAGCCAAAAAACAGUAAAUAAAUCAUUGAUCCGACGGUUUUGAUGAUUCUUUUCCCUCUAUACUCUAGCAAUUUCAUAAAAAAAUGCGUUCACUCUCUUUAGCAGAAGUGCUGUGGUUGCUUUAGGUGCUGAAAUUUGCCCGAUUACACUUUGUUUUGAGAAGACUUCACGGGGCAUGCAAGGACAACAACAAACUCGAUAUUGGCAAAUGUGUCUUUAGGAAAUAAGACCAGUGACAUCAGAUCGUAGAAAGUCGAGGCCUGAAGACUACAAUAUUAUUGAAUUAUGAUUUGAUACUUUUUCGUUUUCAGGUCGAAUCAACAGAGAUCGUGUGCAGCGAUUGUGGAAAAAAGUACAAAUCAAGAGGAGGCUACCAAAGGCACAGAGCUACAAAGCACAAUGCAAAUCAAAACGCACAUCAUUUAACUUUGACGCCAAGCAUUCUUGCCGAGAUAGUAAAAAAUGCUUUGAAGAACAUUAGUGAAAGGGAAGUGUUUGGAGCAGAUCUAAGGAACGAGUUAAAACAAUAUGAAUAUGAAGAGCCUGGGGGAGAAACACAAGAAUUCACUGUGAUAAAGAAAUUAUUUGAAGACUAUUUCAAAACUGGGAAUGCUGAGAAAUUCUAUGGCAACUAUUAUACCCAAGUACCACUGAAAUCUACAAUUUUUUUCAAAGGACUGUCUCGUAAUGCUGCAACACUUCUUGCGACCAAGGUAGCUGAUUUUAUCCAAUCCUUCUGCAAAGGCACCAAGUCUUCUAACAAAAACCCACCUUCUGUUCAAACAGUGCUGUCAGAGAAAGAACAAGCUGGUCUGCAGUAUGUUGGUGGAUAUGUGUUGCAUAACUUGCACAAAAAGUAUGCAAGAAAGAACACAACUGAGACCCAACAGGCAAUGGCAAUCUUGAGAGUUGGUAAACUGGAGUAUGGAUAUGAGAACCAAAAACUGGUAUCGAGUUUAAACCGUGGGGGAUUGUGGAACAUUACAAAGUAUGCACAGAGCAUUUUCCUCAAAACAGAGUGUCAUUUUAGACAAUUAACUUCAGUAAAUUCUUUGCAAAAAGUGGAUAUUGCUGGCAUAGUGCAUAACACAGUAACUGACAGUGCGAUAUUGUCAAGCUAUCAAUGUAUGGUUUCAGAGGCAGAGCUGAUACCCAAUGUUGAAGUGAGCAACAAUGUCUUCCAUGCUAUUGUAAGUUUAUAUAUAAGGGUACAGUCAUUUUCUUGUGCUAAAGACAUCAUUCAGCGCUACAAAAUUAAUGCAAAGCAAUCAAAGGGUAAAGCACUCCGAAAGGAAAUCAUGAGGAGUCAUGAACAAGAAACAGUUAGGCAAGAGUAAAAUAAAACAUUUUAUUAUCCUAAGUAAAACGUGACAUUGUAAAAAAUUUCUUGUUAAUUAUUUUUUAUGAAUGUCUUAAAACACACACAUGUAUCAAUUAGCAAGAACAUUUGAAUUAAGAACUGUUCACAUAUAAUGCAAAGCCGAAUUUACCAUGCCACGAAAAGUCCUGUGAAUGACAUGUUUAGAGUCCUGGGCCAGGUUGUUCAAAGCUGGGUUAAGAUAACCCAGAAUUAGUGCAAUAGAGAAAUUAUCCUGGGAAAUGCCUUUUAACAAAAGAAAAAGAAACCUGUAUAAUUUUGAAAACAAAAUAUCUCUGUGGGAUUAACCGUAAUGACAGAAAUUGAAAUAUGGACCAUUGUCUAUAAACCAAAACCUACUUCUGUGAAACUGUAAAAUGUUUUGAAAUAAUUCCUGUCAUGUCAAGAUUCUCAGACAGACUUCUUUGUUAUUUAACUUUUGAAUGUUUUGGCAGCACUCCAUGCAAUUACACUUGUCCUCUGAUAAUGAUAUACAUGUAUAAAUAUACAUAAAUCCUACCAGGCAAUUGCAAGCCACAGUUACAUUAAAGUUUGAGCUUUUUUCGACAGG